AUGUUCCUCCUCCUCGCACUGGCAUGCAUCCAGCGCAUCGCUGCAGAUGUGAAUCGGUCGAUUCAGGUGCAGCAGGCCGUCCAGCCUGUGCUUGACGAGAUGGCCGUCAAGUACAACAUGAGCUUCAGUUUCGGUUUUGUUGAUCGAUCUGGACGUGCUGCAGCUGCAUCUGGCUUGAACAACAUAUUCAGGAAGACACCGCUGAUGCCUGAGAUGUUGGUGCCCCUAGGCUCCGUGACGAAGUCUUGGACUGCAGUUAUGGUUAUGCAGGCCGCAGAGUCUGGAAAGUUGAGCCUGGAUGACCGGGCAAGUACAUGGCUUGACCCAGUGAUGUCCCGUCUUUGGAGCAUCACCAUGCAGCAGCUCUGGGGUGCACAGGUCGAGGAAGUGCGGGUGCGGGAUUUGCUAGGGAUGACCAGUGGCUUCCAUGACUACGACGACUUCUUUCUGGAGCACUUCACGCUUGCAUUCUCCGCUGACGACGCUGGGCCGCUGAUCUACAUUCGAAGUUCGGCGCGACAGGGUUUCCUGUGCAAACCUCGAACAUGCGCCAGCUAUUCUGGAGCGAACUACGUCUUGUUGGGCCUGGUCCUCGUUCAGGUCCAUGGGACUUGGUCCUGGCAAGACUUGCCACAGUUAAGUGUGAUUCCGAAGCAGCUUUUCGAGACAGGGCGCUACUCCCACACCAGCUUUCUGAACUUGGGCAGGUGCAGUCAGUAUCCCGGUGUUGCACAUCAAUACACCUGGCAAUACUGGAGGAAUGCCAGCAGUCACCAAACCUUCCAAGAUCUCUUUAGCAACUCUUGCUUGAAUGGCUGGACCAUGGGCAACAUUGCCAGCUCGGCCCAGGACCUGGCCACCUUCUUCUUUGACCUCUUCACUUUGCCGAAAGAAAAAGGUGGCUUCUUGCGAAAUGCCUCGCUCCUGGAGAUGCAGAAGAUGAAGCGCCUUAGUGAUGACUGGUGCCUGGGGCCAACAGGAUAUGGCUCUUGCUCCUAUGGCAUGGGCCUCCUCACAGACCAGGUUGGCCAGGACGUCUGGCCCAUGCAGGACCCAAGCGCAGACCCCAAGGAGGCGAGGGUCAUGGGCCACCCCGGUGAGGACUGGGGAAGUGGCUGCUCUCCGUGUGGUUACAAUCAGAAAUACGACUUCGGAAUCUGCAUUGCCUACACGAGCGUGGUGGGUAUGAACUGCAGCGGCGAUUUCCGGGAGAACUACGGGGCCGUUCAGGAGGCUACUUGCCGGGCUUACGAUGCCGUCCUCGCCAUAGUCGGUGCCCCAAGGCUCAACUGCACAGUUCCAUCCCUGGUAGGGGCCCCGGAGUCGAAGACAUGCAGCUGGGAAAGGAAUCCGAACCAUGGUCCACCGCCAGAGGCACCAUUGGUUUCCCAAGCACUGGUUGUCUGA